UCUAAAUGUUAGCGACCAUAAAUUCUCAGGGGAAACGGAUACGGCCUCAUCGUCGACAGGGGGGCCUGUAUAAUCGGAAAUAGUAUUAAGAGAAAUUCCAAAUUCCAAAUUUCCAUCCCGGGUUUAAUUCCAAAUGUUCAUUAUAAACUUGGUAGAGGAUGUGACGCCGACUCCAAUAACUCAGACUCUUUAAACCCUUAUAAGAAUGAAUAUAUACCGACCUUCAUUUAAGAAGUCAUCAUCAUUAAAAAACACAUUAUUAUUAUAUUCCGUCAUCACGAGCAAACAUUCGAAACAUACCUCCUUUGUUUCACAAAUUCUAUCCCACCAUAAUAGAUCAAUUCUUGUAUAUAAUAGUACCUUUCAUUCGAGAGCUCAUAAUAUUUCACUCAAACAACAACACUAUUAUUCCACCAUGUCAUCCAAACUCAUCCCCUCCAAUCCCUCCGACGUAGCCGUAAUACGGCAUAUCACACCCAACAUCGUCACCGUAUCCGUGCCAUUCGCGCGAUUCGGCCUAAUCCGAGUCGGCGGGCGCGGCACCAUAAUACGUCUCACAUCCGGCACCCUAGCAGUAUUCUCCCCCGUAGCCCUAACACCGGAAACCCAAGCCAAAGUCAGCGAACUAGGCGGGAACGUGGGGUACAUCAUAGCCGGCGACAUCGAGCACCACAUCUUCCUCUCAGAAUGGUCACGCGCGUACCCCCAAGCUAAAAUCCUCGGGCCCAAGGGUCUACAGGAGAAACGCGCGAAGACGCAUGACGACCCCAAGAUCGGCGACGAGCCGUUCGCUUUCAUCUGGGACGCGAGUAACAAACGCGAAGUACGGGCUGUAAGCGACGAGUUCGCGGCCGAUUUCGAGGUGGAAUUCGUGGACGCGCAUCCGAAUCAGGAGGUUGUGUUGUUGUAUAAACCAGAUAAGGUGCUCAUACAGGCGGAUUUGUUGUUUAAUUUACCGGCGGUGGAGCAGUAUUCUCGUGUGCCGGAGGCGGAGAAGAACGCGCAUGGUUUUGUGAAUCGGAUUUUUGAGUCGAUUAAUAGUACCGCGGGCGAGGCGAAGGGGUUGAAGAGGUUCUUGUGGUAUGUGCUGAGCAAUGCGAAUAAGAACCGCGCGGGGUUCAAUGAGAGCGUGAAGAGGAUCGAGAGCUGGGAUUUCGAAACGAUUAUUCCGUGCCACGGGGAGACGAUUGAGGGAAAUGGGAAAGAGUUGUUUAGGAAGGUAUUCGAGUGGCAUUUGCAGGGUCAUAAGUGAGUGUGAGACUGUUGAGAGCGAGCCGUGCAUGUGUGUGAUGGGAUAUUACGGUGGUGGCUUGAUUAGGUCGGCGGCUAGGCUCACCGUGCCCUUAUACCGUCCACAGAUCGAUGUAGAGAGGAUAAUCGGAAUAGAUCGGGCAUGAUACCAGUGUAUAUUCAUACGAGAUUGUAUAAAUCCAAUCGCCAGAUAUUGCCUUGCGAUGCUCGAGACAUAAACAAUUGUCCUUGUGAAAUACCCCAUUCGUAAGAACCGAGACACUUUACACGGUACUCCCAACGCUUACUGUUGCUUGCUCGCACAAUGCCCUCUGUGUAACACGCCUCAUCGUCGCACAUUCUAGUGCAUUCCCUUUUUCCUCAAUGUAUUCUGUAACGUCCCCAUUUCAAUCUCACCCAGCACAACGUCUCUCAGGUCACUGUCAACAGUCGUACUUAACGUCAACACUUAUAGAAAACAAGGUGGUAAUGAUAAAUAUUAUUAAUUCUGUACACCGAAACUCCUUCCUUUUCGAUAUCCCCCCAUCCCCAGAAGCCAAGUUUUCGACCUCCGCUAUCUUUUAGUUCCGAAAGAUCGACCCCGAUCUGUACCUAGUUCCCUAUCCGUACAACCUAACGCCGGUGGUAAUUCUACGGAGAAAGAGAAGGAUUUAAGA